AAAAAAAAAAAAAAUAAAUAAAUAAAAUUUCAUAAAAUUAUCCCCAAAAAACUUUUCAAACUCGUUAAAAUGGCAGAAAUCAAAUUUUCGACCGAUUUCUUGGCAACAUCUCUAAUUGAGAAAUUAAAUAGGAAAAAUAUUUUUCCUCCAUUAUUCAAUGAUCCUGAAUCAUUCGUUCCGACUGGAAGAUCAAGAAAGCCUUCUAAUUCAUUUUUAAUAUGCAGACGAAAUGUUUGCAAAGAGGCGAAAGGAAAAGGAACUUAUAAUAUGCGUGUAAUAAGCAAAGCAGCUGCUUUAUUAUGGAACAAUGCAACUUUUGAAGAAAAAAAAGUUUAUAAAACGAUAGCCAAACGCGUUAAUGAAAUUCAUGAGAUAAGAAAAUUAACUUUUAAUUUUAAAGUUAAAUUAACAGCCCAACCUCCGAGAGCACCAUCUAUUUCUCAUCAACUUCAUUUACCUCCUAUAUCCUCUAUUCUAUCCUCUAUGUUCGAAACACUUCCAAAUUCCGAUCAGUCAAAUACUGGCACGCAAUUUAUGUAGUUUUAUAAUAGUUUUCUUUAAAAUUUUAUUCGUUUAUCAAAUUUAUUUUUUACUUGUUGUUUACAAUAAUUAUUAUUUCUUUUUAUAAAUGUACCGAAUAAAUUUUUAUAUUUUUUUUUAGCUCAUUGGGAACAUAUGCUGGCCGAGUGGAGGGAAUGUUUUAUGUUUACGUAAAUCUAAAUUCCAUAAUAAAGCAUCGAUCCCUAUUCAAAUUUAAAAAAUUUAUUAUAGUAUCAUACGAGGGUGGCAAUAUGAUGCCAUUAUUAUCGUAAGACCUAAUCAUAACAGAAAAACUUAUCUAACAACGAUAAUUUAUCCGAUGCUAUAAGUUUUAAUCGAUAACAUAUUGUACGGUG